CCAGGAGCUCCGCUUCCGCACGUUCUGGAAGGUGAUGCUGGUGUACUACAUCGCCUUCUUGGUUUACAGUGGCUACCUACUAGGCAUCAAGUACGGCUCGGCGGACGUCCAGCAGAUCCUGGCCUUUGUCAUGGGGUUUGUAGAGGUGGCGUUUCGGAAGUUCAGUCAACACAUGGGGCAACCCCUCACGCGCGAUAUGAACUUCAUGCUGGCGGGUCUGGGUAUCUACACGAUGCACGCGACCUUCACCGUGUUCUCCACCCCCAACAUAGAUAAUGUGGACGGCACUACGACGGACAUUGCCUGGCAGACGUAUCUGGUGCUGAUGCUGAAGCCUCUGUCGGAUUCGUUUACUGCAUUCUUCCACCAGUCGGAGUUGUGGUUCCGGUUCCGCAAUUGGGUGAAGAAGGUUGCCUUGCCUGUGCUGGCCUGUAAGAGGAUCGACUACAUGGCCCUAGGCAUUGAGUAUGACGUCGACUUCGAAGGAAGGGGGACAACCAACGCGCACCCCGACUACAGACGGGCCAAGUGCUACUUCGACAUCCUGACCUUCUGGGGUGGCAUGUGUGGUAACGCGUCCUUUGUCCUGGUGUCUUGGGUGCUGUAUGUAGGGCCCAACGAGUACAGGUUCCCGUAUUCGGACGAUCCGAGCCUGUCAUUGUACGGGCAUAAUAAUAAGCCCUACACAAGAGAGGACUUCAAUGAUGCUUGCAUAUAUGCAAGUGUAGUUACUUUCGUGUUGGCGCUGGCGGCCGCUAUAUACGAGCGAUAUCUCUGGCGGUACUAUCCCACGGU